CAGGGUACAGCACAUUUAUCAAAGACAUAGAUUUCCACCAAAAGUAGAAAUAACAGACAAGCAAACUUCAACCCCCAAAUGCAUUUAUUUAGAGUACUUAGGAAGCGCAUCAGGAGUCGGAUGGAGUUGACUCGAGCCCGGAUGAAUAUGCGGCGGCUCUUGGAUCAUGAGCUCAUCGGGAGGUAUUGUGGUCUUUUGUUUAUUCCUUUCGUUAUGUGUGUGUGCAUAGGUCGAAUGAAUAAAUAUUCAGAAAAUCGAAUACGAGAUGCUUUAAACAUGAGAAGUGAAGUCUGAUAAGUAACUAUAUAUAUAUAUAUAAUUACUAUUUGCUGUCACUGUUGCCAUUCUCUUCAAAGGGCGUGUUUAUCAAGCUCAGAGCGCAA